UAUGUUAAAAAAUGUUCAUUUUUAUCAUAAAUUGAUAAAUGUACAAUUUCAAUCGUUUACAAAUAAUUUGACAUACGACAGGAUUAUAAAGCAACAUUUGUUUUCUUUGAAAACAUUUCUAACAUUUAAUUCUAUAUCCAAAUCAAAUAUGAGUGUGUUCAAAAUAUCUGAUUAUGAUUGUAUCGGUUUUGAUUUGGAUAAUACACUUUUAAAAUAUAAUAUAACAAAUUUAGUACAUUUGGAAUAUGAAAUAUUAGCUAAUUAUUUAGUGAGAGAAAAAGGAUAUAAUAAAAAAUAUUUGUUAAAACCAUUGAACGACAAGGAUCUUGAUUUUAUGCAAAAGGGUUUAUUCCUAGACUUUGAUAGAGGAAAUAUACUUAGAAUAAGUCCAGAUGGUAAAAUUCAAAGAGCUUGUCAUGGUACUAAAUUAAUGACUAUUGAACAAAUUCAAGAAAUAUAUCCUGAACAACGAUGGAACAUAAUGGAUAUAUUUUCCAACGAUAUGCUUGCUACUUGGAAUGAACCGUUGUCUAUGAAAAUGCGAGCUCUUUUAGAUUAUUUUGAUAUACCAUCUUCUCUUAUUUUUGCUAGAGCAGUAGAUACGUUAGAUGAAGAAAAUGGUAAACUAUUAGAUGUAUAUAAUAUAUGGCCAGAUAUGUUAAGCGGUUUAAUUUGGAUGUACGAUAUUAAACAAUUUGAAUUAGACGAGGGUGAAUUUUUUCCUGCGUUAAAAAAACAUCCGGACAAAUAUUUACACAAAUGUAAACCCGAUACGAUAUCCUGGAUUCAAGAGAUGAAAAAUAAUAAGAUAACUUUCUUGAUUACUGGAUCGUAUAUUGAUUUUGUUGAAUUAACUGCAACUUAUGCACUUGGUGAAAAUUGGAGAUCAUUGUUUGACAUUGUCAUUUGUUAUGCCAAAAAACCAGGAUUUUUCAUAAAGGAACAACCCUUUAUGACUAUAGCGAAUAAUAAAGAAAAUAAUAUUAUAUCAUGUGACGAAUUAGUAAGAGGCAGUGUAUACAGUUAUGGCAAUUGGAACGGUCUUGUUAAAUUUUUUAGUAGAAUAUCAGGCAAACAAAAUCCACGUUGCGUAUAUAUUGGAGAUAAUCUUAUACAAGAUGUUUAUGUACCAAAAGAAUAUGGUAAUUGUGAUACGAUAGCACUCGUAGAAGAACAAAUGUCUGAAGGCAUGAUUCAUCAAUUUUUAUCACAUCCAGAUGACAAAAUCUUAAAUUCAACAAUAUGGGGAUCUUAUUUUUGUUUAAAGGAUACGGCACUUAAUGUAGAUUCCUUUUGGGGUCACAUCAUUAAAAAUCAUUCAAAAAUAUGUAUACCUAAUUUAGAUUUGAUUACAAAAAAAGAUGCUCCAAAGUAUUUUACACAUUUUAAUAAAGAUAAGAAAGAUUAUAGUGGAUAUUAUCCUGCUUUACCAUUAAGUAUAUCAAUUUCUUAAUGUAUCCAAUAUACUUGGAUAAUUUGCAAAUUUAAUAAUAAUAAUAGGUACGGAUUAUACCAGCUAUCAAGGAUCAAUUACAGCAAUUAAGAGAACGCAAAAGCAAAAAG